AUGAAGAAGCACCAGCCGCACUCGGUGCAGGGCACCUUCAGCCGCCUCUUCGGCAAGCGCCACUCCAGCCCCAGCGCCGCGUCCCUGUUCGCCACCAACCCGCCCUGGAUCUUCACGCAGGAGGUGACCUCGGACAGCGCGGGUGGCACCGGUGACGUGAUCCAGGUGUAUUACGGUGACAAUCGCUUCGGGACGGUGACAGACUCUGGCACAGCAACGCUGAAACCGCGGCCGAGGGUGCGGCCGCUGCUGACGUUCCUGCCCCUGAACGCCCAAGAAUCCCAUGGGGUGGCUGUGCCAACGCCGUCGGUGCCAGAAGACUUUGAGGAAAAGGCAGCUCUCGGCUCUGGCUCCCAGCUCAAUGGCAAUUGCCGAAUGUACAGCUCGGUGGGGGACCUGCGCCCACAGGCCCUCGAUGGGGAUGACCUGGAUGAAGACAUCCCCCCGCCGCCAUCGGUACCCCCUCCACCCCCUCCGGCAGCGCCUCUGCCACCCCCUCUGGCCUCGCCGGUCCCUCCACCCCCCGAAAUGCUGCCACCCCCGCCGCCCGAGGUGGUGCCACCACCUCCUGCCAUGGCAGCCCCGCUGCCUCCCGCCUGUGCCCUGUCUCCCCCCAGCACCCCGGCUCCUCCAGACUUCAUCCCUCCGGCCCCGCCGGGGGUCCGGGACCCCGCGCCCUUUGGCCCCGGCAUCUCCAAGUGGAAAUCCGAGACAGUGCUGAACACGAGGCAGGUGGAUGCCGAGGGGCCGCUCUGCCCUGCCGAGCCUGGGGAGCCCGCAGCCCCCAGCCCCAAGGAGAGCCUGCAGCCCAAGCCCGAGCCCCACCUCACCUUCCCCAGGUCGUUCAAGGUGCCGCCGCCGGCCCCUGCGCGCUCCUCGUCCAUCCCAGUGCAGGAGGGCCAGCCCGGCCGGCAGGAGCCCAUCCCCAGGCAGCCUCACACCCGGCCACCCCUCCCACCCUGCUUCACCAUCAGACCCGCGGCCAAGGCACGGCCGGGAGAAGCCGAGCAGAGAAAUUCCGGGCUCAGACAGGGCAUUGGGAAGCCGGCUGUACCCCCUCCUCUGAGCCCCAAGCCGGGCCCAGGGCUCAGCCAAGGGGUGAAUCCUGCCGGCCGCCGGUCCCCACUGCCAGGCUCCGAGGGGGAGAAGAUUACCCAGCUGAAAACAGCCGGGAGAGACUCCCCUCCAAAAUCUGAACCUCUCACUGCGAACGACCUGGAUCUCCCUCCUCCCGACUACCCGACCUGCGAGGAUGACUGGAAGGAUGCCAGCAACCUGAACAAGCUGCGGGACGAGCUCUCGGCCCUGCUGCGCUCCCCACGCCGGGAGGAGAGGCCGCUGGAGAAGCCGGCUGCUCCCCAGCCCGUGGACAGCACUCCCAGCCGUGCUGGCAGCCAUGAGCCGGGGCUCAGUGAGCCCCAGCUCGCCAGGAAGGACACGGGGUUAUCCAAGGAAGGGGAGAGGGAGAAGAAGGAGGUGCCCAGCAGCCCCCCCAGCACCAACGGGGGCUCUCCCAGCACUGCAGUCACUACCCCGGAGAGCAGCUCUGACACACAGCCCCGCAGCGUGAUGACGAUCAGGAACGAGCUGGAGGCUGUGCUGUCCCUGAAGAAAGAGGGGAAACCUCUUGUGGGGCUCAGCAGCCAGAAGCAGGGUGUGGAGAAUGGCAUCAGCACCCCACCAGUGAGGAAGGGCCCCCCUGACACGAGUGACUCAGUGGUGCCACAAACGGUCCCCAGCCUGCUCCCAGCCCCGGUGGCUGCUGCAAAGGAUGAGACAGAUCACGAGGACCAUCCUGCUCCUGCUCCUGCUCCUGCUGCUGGCAAGGUCACAGAGGAUGUGAGCCCUGCUCUGGGGUCCCUCAACAGCAGCGUGAGUCCUCCAGACCCACCCCAGGGACCGGCUGAGGAGUCCCCUGCUCCCACCCCCUCCUCAUCCCCUGCGUCCCCUGCACAGAGCCCGGCACCAGAGCCCAGCUCGGCCAUCUUCCAGUACAAAGUGCACCGGGCUGGGUCCAGCUCAGCCGAGCCACGCUGUGCCCCGGGCUCAGCUGAAGCCCCCUGCCCCGGGAGCUCAGCCAGGAGCCCCCCAGACAUCUCGGGAGCAGGGCAGGAGGAGGUGCUGAUCCACCCCGUGACAGGGGAGCGCGUGGAGCGGGGUUCACCCAUGGCCCUGCUGCUGGCAGCCCGGCAGCGUGCCCAGCGGGGCCGCCAGGGCGGGGAUGGGGCGGCCGUGCUGAGGGCAAAGCCACCCCUGAGACUCAGCAGUGCCUCGUCAGACACCACCUCCAGCAGCUUCUUCCGCCACGAGUCCAAGCCCUACUCCUUCACUGUGGUGCCUCGGCCGUCCGCGGCCAGUCCAGCAGGGCCUGGCUGGAGCAAAGCCCCCUCCUUCUCCAGCUCCUCGGAGCAGGGCCGGGCCGGGCGGGCGGUGGGCGAGACGCAGCCCCCCGGGCCCCGGCGAGCCACUGCCUCCAGCCUGCUCCGGGGCCUGCUGGACUCGGGGCAGCCGAGCCAGCCCGGCCCAGCCCACCACGGAGUGCCCAGGGAGGAGGAGAACGGGGACACGGCACUGGACUUCGGGAUUAUCCCCCCACCCCCCGAAUUCAGCAACGAGGCGGACGAGGGUCCCCUCCCGAGUCGGGAGGAGAACCGCAAGUGCCCCAGUGUCCCUGAGAGCAGCCGGAGCUCGGGCGAGCCACGCUAUUUCAGGUGGUCUGGCUACAGCCGCGGCUACGGGGGCAACCAGGAGCCAGCAGCUCCACUGCCCUUGGAGAAGAGCUGGAGGAACGGCGACUUCACACCCCAGUACCCGGAUUACAGCAGCUCCACGAGUUUCCCCAGCCACGGCCCCAACCCACGGCCGCUGAUCAAGAAGCGCCUGUACGUGUCGGAGCCUGACAGCUCCUACCCCCGGGCAGCCGCAGCCCCCCGGGCCUCGGGCACCCUCUCCUCCUACGGCACCGGGGGGUUCGGCUCCACGGCUGGGGAGGGGUCUCGCCGCCUGGGCUCUGCCCACAGGAACGGCCCCUCGAGCGCCCAGGGCAGGCGGGCGUCCACAGACGCUGCUGGGAAAGGCACGGCGUACGGCGGCAGCGGGGCUGACACCAAGUACAAGGGGCAGAACGGGGACUUCUCGCCCGGCAGCGUGCUGACAGGCAGCAGGCCUGCCCACGGCACCCCGCACUACGGGGCACCCUCCAACACCUUCACGGUGAGGCCCGGGACGCGCCAGCCCAUCUCCUACACCUACCAGAGCCACCGGUAG